AUGGGUGGUGGCGCAAAGGUCCCUUACCCCAAGCACGUUUGGUCGCCUGCCGGUGGUUGGUAUGCCCAGCCUGCCAACUGGAAGGCCAACACCAUCAUUGCCGGCGCAACCAUCGCUGCCAUUGUUGCCGUCACCUGGAAGUUCAGCGCUGAGAGGGAGACAUGGGCACACAAGCCGGAACCCUGGGAAUGGCACCCUAGCCGAUAUUGGUCAAAGCAGCUGAAGCAGUACGAUGAGGAGGAUCGCAAGGCUGCGCAGGAAAAGCAAUAG